AUCACUAUCAGUCUCGCGGCCCGCAGCCUGCGAUCGUUCAAAAACCUCUCGGCACUCGGUCAGUUGAGUAGUCGACUGUGCGCUCGGAUUACUUGUUUCUGGUUAGUAGUGAGUUGUCACUCGGAUGUAGGUAUCUCGUUCGGAUUAAUAUUUAAUAAUAAUUAUCGGUGGUGUCUCGUCGUCCUCCGUUGUUCCGAUAUCGAUCUUCACGUGUACACGAAAAACCUAUUAAUGCGCAUUCCAGCGAACGGAUGAUAACCUUGUUGUACAUGUAGCACUAUAAUUUGGGUUUGGCGCCUGGCAUUCCGAGCACUUGAAACACGUUCAUUCAAUAUGUACCGAUGAAAUAGACCGCUAGUUUUACAGAAUCAUGAAUUCGUCAUGUGGCCAUUUUAGUCUAAUACAGGACGGUUGUGGUGCCAUAUCAUCGUCCAAAACCACUAUAGACAAUGUACCAGUAUUCACCAAAAAGGCAACAAAUGCUCGAAAACCAAAUGUUCCAGACCAUGAAGCAAAAACAUUUGAUAUUGUCAAAGCUACUCAGUAUGGAUUGUUGAAUCGGUGUAAAGAAAUAAUUGAAAGUGGCUAUGAUAUAAAUAAACCAGAUCCUCAAAAUAUUUAUCUCCUACAUUGGGCUGCAAUCAAUAAUAAUAUUGAUUUAAUUAAAUAUUUUAUUUCAAAAGGCGCAGCUGUAGACCCUGUUGGAGGUGACCUAAGAGCAACUCCAUUACAUUGGGCAACUAGGCAAGGCCAUUUGUCUGCUGUGGUGUUAUUGAUGAAUGAAGGAGCAGAUCCGUGUUUUUAUGACGUUGAAGGUCGUGCUUGUUUGCAUCUUGCCGCACAACUUGGUUUCACAGCAAUUGUAGCCUAUUUAAUUGCCAAAGGUGUAGAUGUCAAUUUGAGAGAUAAAAAUGGAAUGACUGCUCUCAUGUGGAGUUCAUAUAAAUCAUUAGGACUUGAUCCAACUAAACUUUUAAUUACUCUCGGUGCUUCUAUGUCCAUACAAGAUGACGUGCAUAGGAACACACCACUUCAUUGGGCUCUGAUUAGUCGGAAUCCAACAGCCAUCAGUAUUCUAGUCAUGAGAGGAUCACCAUUGACCAUUAAAAACUCAAUAGGAUGUACUGCUUUAAAUUUAAUUCAUGAGUCAAGAUCAGAAGUAUGGAUAGGAUUGAAUACACUAAAAACUGUUGAUGAUAAAAUGAAACCAAAGAAUAUUUUACUAAAAUUAAAUGAACAAACUAUGUCUGUUAUAAUUGUUUCUAUAGCAUUUUACAUAAUUGGAUUUAUAUUGGACUCUCAUAUGAUAUAUGGAGCAAAAUUAUGUUGCUUGAUUAUUGGAUAUCUCAUUAUGUACAAAUUAAACCGUACAUAUGCAUCAGUAUCCCAAACACUGCCUGUGUCAGUUUAUUUUGCUACAAAAUUUUGGAUGUAUGUUACUUGGAUAUUUUGGAUACUUCCCGUCACAAGUUUCUGGUGCUCUGUUGGUUUCUUUGUUACUACAUCAUUAUUAUGGUACAACUUUAUGUAUAGUUGGAAUGGCAAUCCAGGAUAUGUACCAAAUACUAAAAAUGAUCAAUAUAAUGCCAUCAUUGAACUGGCUGAAGGCACUGGAUUUGAUUUGGAUUUGUUUUGUAGUACAUGUUUGAUUAAAAAGCCCAUCAGAUCAAAACAUUGUAAUAGUUGUAAUAGAUGUAUAGCAAAGUUUGAUCAUCAUUGUCCUUGGGUGAGCAAUUGCAUUGGUAUUUCAAAUCAUCGACACUUUAUAGGAUAUCUUAUAACAUUACUUGUAGCGUGUGGUUUUAUUAUUUUUGGAAGUAUAAGAUUCCUAAGUAUGGCAAACCAAUUUAAUGAACAAUCAUUUCAUUAUAAUAUAUUUUAUGUUAUUUGGGAAGUUCUCGUUUUAGAUUCAUGGGUCAGUUGGAUUAUGAUUAAUGCUAUUUUACAUUCAAUUUGGGUAUCAAUACUGUUAGUUUGUCAAAUCUACCAAAUUGUUUGGCUUGGUAUGACUACUAAUGAGCGUAUUAAUGCUGCACGUUAUGAGCACUUUAUUCCUCAUGGAAAAGGGUAUAAGAGCCCAUAUAAUCGUGGUAAAUGUCAAAACCUGUUGGAUUUUAUCCAGUGCCAUUGUCUUGGUUUUAGAUUUUUAAAUGAUAAAGUUUGGUUCAAUUAUUAUAACUUUUUAGUUUUUACUGAUAUGGAAUUGAAUUUUUCUGCUAUAAAACCUGAUUUUGAAUAUGUUUAAUUAUUAUGAUUAAAUUUUCAAUUAGCAAUAAAUUGCAAACUACUAAUACCAGAGAGCCUAUGUAUUCUUAUUUAGACUCUCUAAGUAAUACUAAUGUUUACAUGGAAUAAUAAUAAUUAUUAUUAAGAUUUUUAUUGUAUAUAAAUUUUUUUUUUAUAUGAUUUGGCUUAUUUCCAAUAAAUUAUUAUAAUAUUAUUUAAUAUGUUAUAUUUUGUAAGACCAUAGUAUUUUAAAUCCAAUUAUGUAUGAGAACUGAUUAAAUUAAAAAAUAAUAUGUAGCUUAUUUUUUAUUUCACUAAUUCUUAAAUAUAAAAAUUAGUUGGUUAUUUAUUGAUUUAAUGUUUUGAAAUUUUGUCUGUGAUUGUAAUUGUGAAAGUUUAGUUAUGUAGAAAAUAAUUUUGUAUAUUUAAAUAACAAAGAAUUAUAAGAAACAUUUUACCUACAAUUUGUAUUUUCAUGUUAAUUUAUUGCUAGUAUAUUAUGAGCCUAUAAUUGUA